CGUGUUGGGGGGACAACGUGUCGCAAUGAAUAUACUUUCCCACGUUUCAUAUCAGCGGUCAAGCCUAUGUUAUUGCAGUACAUUAUAGAAAAAGACAUCGCAUUCUAACAGGUCGAAGGAGAACGCGGUACCUUACUGGAUGCGGAGACUUGGAUGGAACUAGGAUCAAACAGGUUGUCACGGCUGGAUUAGUACACGCCGCAUAUUACAGACAACGCCAAAACUCGGUGACCACGCUUAGUAAAAAGGGGCGGGGCAUGUUUUGAGAAAGGAGGUGCAGAGGCUUCGCGAAAAGGAAGGCUCAAGAAAAGGUGAUGCAAGUUCGAGAAUUGAUAGAAAACCUGCCAGCAGAUGUAAACCCCAUCACCUUAUGUGGUAGCUCCUUUCAGUAGCCGACGGAGCCUGGUCAAACCCACAGCCUGUCCUGCUUACUUCUGUGAUGAAAAGUUCCUGGAUUAGGGGAGAAUUAACACAAAGCAGAGACGCCACUUCAGCUACAGUCUGAAACUGAAAAGGAAUCAAGGAAGCUACGGGGCCAAGCUGCACGCGAGCCUCGGCACUGCAACACCCUUGUCCCGACAAAGACAAGUCCUAAAGAGAGACAGGCAGAGCGGCGCAGACAUAGACCACAUCCUCGCGGAAAAGAGAGGCCCGUCCGCUUGAAAGAGCUCCUGACUGAAGCAUGGCGGAAAAACAGUUUUCAAGCAUUCUGAAUGGAGCUGUUCUUGGGGAACCUGUGAAGAUGGAUAAAAACUCCAGGAGAGGGAACUGGGGCAAUCAAAUCGAAUUCAUCCUCACCAGCGUGGGGUAUGCCGUGGGCCUGGGAAAUGUGUGGAGGUUCCCGUACCUCUGUUACAGAAAUGGAGGAGGAGCCUUUAUGUUUCCCUACUUCAUUAUGCUGGUGUUCUGCGGGAUCCCCCUCUUCUUCCUGGAGCUUUCCUUCGGACAGUUCGCCAGCCAGGGAUGCCUGGGAGUCUGGAGGAUCAGCCCCAUGUUCAAAGGUGUGGGCUACGGGAUGAUGGUAGUGUCCACGUACAUCGGCAUCUAUUACAACGUGGUGAUCUGCAUCGCCUUCUACUACUUCUUCUCGUCCAUGACCAACCUGCUGCCCUGGACCUACUGCAACAACCCCUGGAAUACGGCCAGCUGCAACGGCGUGGUGACCCCCAAGGGCAUCAACAGCACCCUGGCCAACGCCACCCGCAGCCUGGUCACCGGAGCCGCCCAGGCGGCCGUGGAGGUGGUCAAUAAGACCAAGAGGACCAGCCCCAGCGAGGAGUACUGGAAACAUUAUGUGCUCAACAUCUCAGAUGACAUUGGGAAUUUCGGGGAUGUUCGCCUCCCUAUCCUGGGGUGUCUGGCGGUGUCGUGGGUGGUGGUCUUCCUGUGUCUCAUUCGGGGGGUCAAGUCCUCAGGCAAGGUGGUGUACUUCACAGCCACCUUCCCCUACGUGGUCCUGACCAUCCUCUUUAUCCGAGGCAUUACAUUAGAGGGAGCUGUCACCGGUAUCAAGUACUACCUGACCCCGCAGUGGCACAAGAUCCUUGACGCCAAGGUGUGGGGAGAUGCUGCCUCUCAGAUCUUCUACUCUCUUGGCUGUGCCUGGGGAGGACUCAUCACCAUGGCCUCCUACAACAAAUUCCAUAACAACUGUUACAGAGACAGCAUCAUCAUCAGUAUCACCAACUGUGCGACCAGCGUGUACGCCGGCUUCGUGAUCUUCUCCAUCCUGGGCUUCAUGGCCCACCACCUGAACGUGGACGUGUCCGAGGUGGCUGACCAUGGCCCGGGCCUGGCCUUCGUGGCCUACCCAGAAGCCCUCACUCUGCUGCCCAUCUCCCCUCUGUGGUCCCUGCUGUUCUUCUUCAUGCUCAUCCUGCUGGGCCUGGGGACACAGUUCUGCCUGCUGGAGACCCUGGUGACGGCCAUCGUGGACGAGAUCGGCACAGACUGGAUCAUGAAGAACAAGACGGUGGUCACCGGUGGAGUGGCUGUAGUGGGGUUCCUCCUGGGGGUGCCGCUCACCACACAGGCUGGCAUCUACUGGCUGCUGCUCAUGGAUAACUACGCUGCCAGCUUCUCCCUGGUUAUCAUCUCCUGUAUAAUGUGUAUCUGCAUCAUGUACGUCUACGGACACAAGAAAUACUUUAAGGACGUUGAGAUGAUGCUGGGUUUCCCGCCUCCGAUCUUCUUCCGGGUCUGCUGGAGAUUCGUGUCGCCCAUCAUCAUAUCUUUCAUCCUGAUCUUCACGGUGAUCCAGUACAAGCCCAUCACCUACAAUGAUUACGUUUACCCUGGCUGGUCUCUAGCCAUUGGCUUCGCUAUGGCCCUUUCCUCAGUCAUCUGUAUACCCAUCUACGCUCUCUACAAGAUUGCCAAGUCAGAGGGGAACACCUUUUUAGAGCGGUUGAAGAAAUCCUGCAGGCCAGACAUAAAGUGGGGGCCGGCCCUGAGCGAGGACCGGAUAGGCCGCUAUGCCGCCCCGGGCUCGGAGGCAGAUGUGGAGGUUCGUCCCCUGAAAGAGGAGCUGAAGGAGAAGGAGGAGGAGAAGAGGGAUGAGAUCAGCCUCUCCAUCCAGGGAAGCAACGGCUCCACAGCACACAACACUACCCCUAGCGCAUAGAGGGCCCCUCCAUCCCCGUCCCCACCCAGCCACCCUCACCCUUUCCCACAGCACACCGCACCGCACAGUGGGGGAGAUCCCGCUCGUUGGAGACCUUUACAUAUUGUAAGGGCUUAUUAUUUCUAACCUCUAGAGAAAUUGGUCGUCAUUCAGAAGAAUUGUACUUCUUGUUUCACCAUAAUUUAACGAUGCAGUUUUUAUUUUCUUUUUUUUGUAAACAUUUUGUUUUCUUCACUUUUUUCAUAUUAUGCAGGAGUUGAAGUAGAAAUGUCGAAUUGCAAACACACUGUUUGUACAAUGCACAAAAGGGAGGGGAACGCCCUUUGUUUUCCCUUCAUCUGCAAGGAAACCCACUUGGAUUUGGCUACUUUCUUAGCAACAGUGCUGGCAGUUAUAAAGCUGGAGACCAAAUGUUCUUUGGGCCGGUGCUGUCAAAACACAUACAAAUGGCGAUUCUAGGGACUGGUCCUUCCCCUAUGUUUUAUACGGUAUAGCUUUUGGAAACCGAGCCCUCAGUUAUGCUAUAGUCUUCACUUAGACACAUCAUGUUACACAUGAUGCUUUAGCAGCCAACAUUGAAGUAUGCCAGUGGCUGUUUAGCUGCUCAUAAAAGUGUCCCAUAUAUCAUUUGAUUAACCACACAGUUACACCCCUUGUAUUUCUGAUGUUAACAAACCGCUAACAUUAACUACAGCACUAAAUCUCCACACACGCACAGAGAAUGUUGGUCUCCAGCUUUCUGAACAUUUACCCUGACUGAAGCACAGGACUUACCAAUGCCCAUUCUCAGGGUCCCAAAACAAUUUAACAACUUACUGAACACGGUCAAAACCUGAGGGAAGGUUUCUUUAUCUCUGGCUUUACAUAAGAGGGGGAACUGCAAAAAGACAACCGUAAUGUUCACAUAAGAAAAUGAAUGGGUGGAUGGAUGUAUCUCUCGGCACAAUAAUGUGCCAUUUCUCUUAGUCUUCCAAGUAUUUCCAUGUGAAAUGCGUCUUGAGAUAUGGCCUCUCACUUGUGAAGGAGGCAUUCCGGUUGAUGACAGAAGCAGCUAGCAUAACAAGGCAGCGUUGCGCCUUAGUCUCUGUUAUUCACACGUAGGUGUCUGCCCCAACAAGGCAUGUUACCAAAAACAUGUUGAAACAUGCAUGAACUUUAAUAUCUCGGUGGCAUAGCUGGAGUAUGUCUUUGUUAACUUUUUUCCCAAAACUGACAGACUUGCAUCUGCAGGUGUCUUUGCAACGGAAAAUUCAUGUAUUUACAGGCAUUUUGAAGCUCAGAGCCAAGUAGUGGUGUGAUUGGAUGAGGCAACAGGAAGGAGAGAGGCCAUUGGUUGGCCUGGAGAUGGAGCUUGUCUCCAGAAGAAAAAAAAAAACAUCAGUGAUCUUUACUGAAUUAUGUAGUUUAUAUGUAGAUGUAUAGUAUCGUUCUCGCAAUAGAAUUGUCUUAUUUUAUCUUUAUUAUUGUAAAGUAACAUAGUAAAUAAUUACGAGGCAAACAUGUUUAUUUUGUAAAGAAGCUACAGUAUCUUAAGAAAUAACAGUAAUGUUUACCAUUCCUCAUUCAUGACUUGAUUUUUAUGGGUAAUUGUUUUAUUUUUGAGUGUGUGGGGCGGGGGGGGGGGUUAUUUCAGUCACUUUGACUGGAUGCUGUGGGGUUUUUGGGUGCGGGUGGGAGUAGUGCUCUCACGGGUUGCUGGAAUUGGCAAUUGCCAGGAAGUCCCGUCUCUCCAUCCAAUACAAUGCAUCCUAACCCCAUCUGUAAGGUUGCAGUUGUGUUGCAGUGGGGCGACGGCCCGUCUGUGGUCGUCAGACCACCGGGUCUUCGCCCGACAUUCACUGCUGGAGAGAGGUAGUCUGGCAAGGCAGCUGCUAAAGUGCUAGAGCAGGCAUCUGGGCGAAUCUUCUGAUUCCAACUGUUUUCUUUUCUUUAACCGUCAAUGUAUAUACUAUUGAACAUCUUGAUCCGACUGCAUCGCCCCAGUUUCCGCUGUGGUGUAUAUGACUGAGUUUUACCUACAGUGUUACUUCAGUUUCUCUUUAAAGUGUCAGGAUGGUUCGCUAUCCAGACCUUAUCCGAAAUAGAAACACAACCUUGCAGUCCAACUGGAGGCAUAUCUGACACUCAGGGUGUAGGGAGGUAGUUGGUUACUUGGUCCCAAAUUGUCUCCGAUUGCUAAAGUGGUGUGCUACUUUUGAGCAGCGACAACAGGGUUAAUGUCAAACGUUGAUCACCAUGAAGGGAAUUGGGAGUCAUUUGGGAGUACUCAUAGUAUUUGGUCAAUUGAACAAAAACACAAAAAAAGCACAAAAGUAGGUUAUAUUCAGGUCAAAAGACUCCAGCUUUACUUCAGAUGAUAACAGACUAGUGGGUUCACCCAUGACGCUGACAGAAGCACAGUUCGGCCACUCCAAUCAACCUCUUAUAAAGUCCUAGAACGCUAAUAGCACAGGAUGUUUUUAAUUAACUCGUUUUUUAAUUGAUCUUGAAAGGUUAUGUACACAAUAGAGAUCUCUAUCAUUAAGGCGAUCCGUAACUUCACAGUUGAUGUAAACGGUCGCGCUAAAGAGUUUCUUCUACUAUAACAGCCCCAACGACAGACUUCGGUAACAGAAUGAAAGGAUGUAUGAUUAUUCUCCGUGUCGGCUCAGGCCAGGUUGCCUCUGGAUACUGCGAGGGACUUCUCUAGGACGUUAGUGUCUUCUUAUCCUGUUACUGUGAACUGUUGACUUGUAGUCCUCUACUUAAUGACAGUAGAAGUCAUGGACAACCGCCAUGCUAUUACAAACCUUUGGUCUGCUGUCCCUGCAACUCUUCCUUCCUCUCAGAUUCUUGUACAGUCAUGUAAAAAAGUAUCGGAACUGGUGUGUACGUGAUAUUUUGUUUUUAUUUGAUGCUAGGCGGGGGUAUUUUAUUUUAUUACUUGUAGCGCAAGUAGCCGAUGUUAGGUGUAAUAUGUAUUUCUGUGUAGUGAAUACCCUGCUGCUUUGUCUAUUCUUAGAUCAGGAUAGUAUCAGUAUUGAUGUCAUGUAAUUCUAAUCAAUCAGUAACUAUCCAUGUUGUCAUUUUAACAAAACACAAUCUACCUUCUACAAGAUCUUUUUGUUUUUGUACUAAAAAAAAUAAUAAUGUAUUUCAUUAUCAAGAUUUAAAUCAUCCAUGUUCAGUGACACUACCUUUAUGUUGUUCUAAAAGCCAGCUGAUAUCAAAAGUAUUGCCAAACAAAAGCUUGGGUUGAAACUUGAAAUACAGUAUUCUGUUGGAGGUAUAUGACCAGUCUGCAGCUAUGUGACUUUUUGGGAAAGUAUAAUAAGUGUUAGGACUGCAUUCAAUCUGUAUCGCUGAAGUUCAGGGUGAGAAUGUUGAAAUUUAAAGGCAGUUUUCUUGCGUUAGCGGUGACCGCGUUGGCUGUACAUGCUGCGCAUAGCGGCUUCAUCGGAAAUUAACUUUACAUUUUCCAACGCACAGUCUGUAAUGCUUCAGCGACACAGUGAAUAGAGCCCGUCAUCUAUCACACACAUGGAUUAUGCCAACAGUAUUCAGCCAACAUCAUGGUACUGUACUACAGUGAUAUCCGUUUACAAUAUAGCGACUGAGCUGUAAAUGGCCUUUCCGAUUUGGAGUAUUUUAAAUUUUUGUGCAUAACAACUGAACAUAAAUCAAACACCAAAAUCAGUAACGUUGUAACUGCAAUAAAUGUUACAAUAGGUCAAGAUAUCAAUGUAUUUCAGAAUUUAAACUAAUUCAAUAAGGAAGGGGUUUGGCCAAAUUUCUCAUAACCAGAGUGAGAAUAGGUGACCAUGCUUUCAUCUUAUUCGCCCUUUUCACUGGUAACAUUUCCUAAUUUGGUGAGAUCCUUCCUUUAAAAUUAGAUGCAUGAGCAGGUAGUGGGAAAUGUGUACUCAGCGACCCUGCUUAUACCUGGUUCUAACAUGCGUCUUUCUAAUCUUGUCCACAUUUUGAUUGAACCCACAUUUUCAAACAGGUGUAGAUGAUAAGGAGAUGCAUUGUGAUCAGAUCUUCUCAGACACCUCCAGAGGUAACUAGACAGGCAUUGUGUCUCUGUAGCUUUAUAGCAUAUCAAAUGUAAAUCAUCCUCCUGCCUUUUAAAAUAAUUCACAGUUAAUUCAACAGUUUGACUUAAACUCAAAUAUGAUUUUGAAACAGUAGCUGUCAAAACAAAGAAAUCUGAUCACAAGGUAGACACAGGGCACAGAUAUGAGAUGUGGGUAGACAUAUUUCUGAAAAUGUGGGUAUAGUCCUCAAACAAAAUCAAGACUUGAUGCAUGUUAGCAGCAGGUGCUAAUGAGACGCUAGGUGAACUGUAACAUCUCUGACACUGUAGAGAAACUCAUUGUUCAUCACCUCAUAUUGAAAACACUGUAAUAAGUAUUCUAUAUUUGGAAUGUAAGUAAUGAAUACAUGUUCAUAGUAGUCCUCUACUGUACUAAAACUGUGAUUUCUGUUCUGUGAUUGGCUACGAUCACAGAUCUCUGAAUUUCGUACUCAUACGAAGGUUUUUACAAGUUGUUUCAGCACUUUAAAGCAAGUAAUUUGUGUUUAUAAGCAAAAUAUUUAAUAAUACAUAACCUCCAUUUUUAAAUAAUGCCUUUGAAAUUGUUUGUUCAAACUGUUGUCAAAAGCUCUGCUUAUACCGGCCUUUUGUCCUGAUCUUGUUCGGAUACUGUCUUGUUUACACUUGUAAGAUCGUGUCUCAAUCAGAUAAUGUCUUGAUCGUUGGAACGAGUCUGAAAACGUGGGCACAAUCAGGACGAAGGAAACGUUAGAAGCAGGUAUAAGCAGGGCCCCCUUGUCAGCAGAGAGAAGGCAAUGUUAUAGUAUGUCAAUGUAAAGUAUAUCAUAGGGGAGAAUAAAGCACAAAUGAACGGAAACACAGUACUGGUAUCUUAUCACUUAUAUCUAACCACGUUUCUUGAACCUUAGGGCCAAAAUCCAUUGAAUUGUUUUAGUCAUGUCAGCUGUAUAUCGUAAAAUGUCCAAUUACAAAUGGUAAAUAAAAUCUAUUUUAAAGAUCA